AUCAGAGGCUGCCUCUUAGUCCAUGGUAUGCGUCGUUUCCUGGGUAACAGCGUGCAGCCCCGCCCAGUGACGGUUGGAAAGUUCCGGAAGGUUCUCUCCCUGGCUGCUGCGGUGCAUUGUGGGAGGAGUAGCCGGUUCGCAGCAUCUACACACAUCUGACUCAGGAUGAUGUCCACACCAGUUAUCCUCCUCAAGGAGGGCACGGACACCUCUCAGGGUGUCCCCCAGCUUCUGAGUAACAUCGGCGCCUGUCAGGUGAUUGCGGAAGCCGUGCGCACAACGCUGGGGCCUCGCGGGAUGGAUAAGCUGAUCGUAGAUGACAGAGGAAAAGCCACGAUUUCCAACGAUGGUGCUACCAUUCUGAAGCUCCUCGAUGUUGUACAUCCUGCAGCCAAGACCCUUGUGGACAUUGCAAAGUCUCAGGAUGCAGAGGUGGGUGACGGCACAACCUCCGUAACACUCCUUGCAGCCGAAUUCUUGAAACAAGUGAAGCCGUAUGUGGAGGAAGGGCUACAUCCACAGAUCAUCAUCCGGGCUUUCUCCACCGCCACGCAGCUUGCCAUCAGCAAAAUUAAACAGAUAGCGGUCACCGUGAAGAAAGAGAACAAAGAGGAACUGCGCCACCUGCUGGAAAAGUGCGCGGCCACUGCCCUGAGCUCCAAGCUCAUUGCCUUGCGGAAAGACUUCUUCGCUAAGAUGGUUGUGGAUGCUGUAUGCUUAUUAGAUGAUCUACUGCAGCUCAAGAUGAUCGGGAUCAAGAAAGUCCAGGGUGGGGCUCUAGAGGAGUCUCGUCUGGUGGCCGGUGUCGCCUUCAAGAAGACCUUCUCCUACGCUGGCUUUGAGAUGCAGCCCAAGAAGUACGAGUCCCCUAAGAUCGCUCUACUGAACGUGGAGCUGGAGCUGAAGGCUGAGAAGGACAACGCUGAGGUCCGGGUCAACAACGUGACGGAAUACCAGGCCAUUGUAGACGCUGAGUGGAACAUCCUCUAUGACAAACUCGAGAAGAUUUACAAGUCCGGAGCCAAAGUCGUCCUCUCCAAGCUUCCCAUCGGAGAUGUGGCCACGCAGUACUUUGCUGACCGGGACUUGUUCUGCGCUGGCAGGGUAGCGGAGGAGGACCUCAGGAGGACCAUGAUGGCCUGCGGGGGCUCCAUCCAGACAAGCGUGAACUCCCUGACUGAGGACGUGCUGGGACAGUGCUCUCUGUUUGAGGAGAGUCAGGUUGGUGGAGAAAGGUAUAACUUCUUCACCGGCUGCCCGAAGGCUAAGACGUGCACCAUCUUACUGAGGGGUGGUUCUGAACAGUACAUGGAGGAGACUGAGCGAUCGCUGCAUGAUGCCAUCAUGAUUGUGCGCCGAGCCAUCAAGAAUGACUCUGUUGUUGCUGGCGGAGGCGCCAUUGAGAUGGAACUCUCCAAGUAUCUGAGGGACUACUCCAGGACCAUCCCUGGCAAACAGCAGCUCCUCAUAGGCUCUUACGCCAAAGCCCUGGAGAUCAUCCCCCGGCAGCUUUGUGACAAUGCUGGAUUCGAUGCCACCAACAUCCUGAACAAGCUGAGAGCUAAACAUGCCCAGGGCGGGACGUGGUACGGCGUGGAUGUGAACAAUGAAGACAUCGCUGAUAAUUUUGAAGCCUUUGUAUGGGAGCCGGCCGUAGUGAGGAUCAAUGCUCUGACCGCAGCCUCGGAAGCCGCCUGCCUCAUCCUGUCUGUAGAUGAGACCAUCAAGAACCCGCGCUCCACAGCAGACGGAGCUCCAGCCGGGCGAGGCCGGGGCAGACCGCACCAGCACUAAGCCAGCCUGAUGUGAGGUCCUACCGUGGUUUCAUCACAUGAGUACCGAAUGUAAGAGGAACUGUGGGGUGUGACGGUCAGAGGUGAUGAGGGGGUAAAGCUACACAGGGCCUAGGUAGCAUCACAUGCAUACAGGAACCCACAAGAGCCUGGUGAUGGUGAUCUCACGUGGUCAUUUCUCCAUCAUGUGAGAGGUGGAUCAGUGUCCUCAUCCCUCUGCAGGACAGCAUCUUCAUACGGAUCGUAUUCCCGGAUGGGGUGUCCCCAGUUUUGUUACUGUAUUUAUGUCUCUGAACAAAGCAAAAUAAAACGCUCUUCACUGAA